CCUUCACGCUGUCUUGUGGCGCCCAUGGGUCUGCUCUGUUUGUGGGUGACCGUAUAACUUUUUUCCAUCUCCUCCCUCCUCUUCUCCUCGUGUCUGCCUUUUUCCGCUAGAUUCACCGCCGCGUCGCCAGCGAAGCACAAGCAGCGACGGAGAAAAUAGUGACAGACCCAGGGACAUCCUUGUUGCCACAGCAACUACACAGAGCUCCAUUUCCGGCUUUGAGGGGGGACUUUCAAAAUAAAUUUGCUGACGGCUUAACUCGUACACCCAUUCACACACAUUGCUAAUUGUAUUCCAAAACAGCAAACCAAGUUAGUCUGUUUCCAGGCUUUCCGUUUCAGAAAUGAAAGGGCAACCACAUGCGUUGUAGUAAAGAUGUAUUUGUUGGUUGUGUGUAUAAGUAAUGAAGUCAACACAUUUUAAAACUGCCCAAUACAUAUGAUUUAUUGUGGCUGUUUCCCCCAGAAAUUGAUGAAGACCUUUGUUACUUUUAAAACACAUUUUAAUGUCAUUUUAACAUGGAAUUUACAUGAAUUAAUCGUCUUACACUCGUGUCAAUGUCUUCACACAGUAUAUUAUUUAUGAUUAUUUAUGAUUCUAUCGAGACAUUAUUUCUUGGAUGGAUGACUAAGAUUAAGUAAAACAUAUCUACAUUUAGGGAGCAUUUUAUGUCACCCAAACAGGACAUGAUGACUGAAGAUGAUAUCUUAUUCUUGGUAGUUUAUAAACUAUAGAAUUGUAAACUAGGAGUCUAUUCCUCUUUCUAUCUCACAUGUAACUGUAGGCCGAUACUUGAUACCUAAUCUUUGCUUCAUAGUGAACAAAUUGUUACUCAGUAUGAAAUGGAUCUAUACAUGUCUGUCUUAAUGUGUUGUUUGUCUAUGGAUAAGAAAGUCUUUCUAGCAUGUCUUCCUUAGACUUGCCUAUGUUUUUUUCUUUUUUUUUUUUUGAUUUUGAGAUACAUUAACAAGUUUUGACUGAUCUACAUCCCUGUCUCUCUUUUUAUGAUGUGGUAGCAUAGGCUACCUUCAGUCAAGGGCAUCAAGUAGUGUCCUGUAUUUUCAGUUGUUUUGUCAUUGCUGCAAUUUCUUUUAUCCUAAUCUAGAGGUAAUAUUAGUUUCACCAUUAUAGUGAGUUAAUAUCAGUUGAUGUCUGGAAAAUUACACUUAUUUUACUAUUUUUUUAAGCUUAUUUUAUGUGAUAAUGCUAAAAAUUGGUUUGUCACUGAGAGGCAAUGACAAAAAUAAACUGAGAUCUUUCAGAACCACUAAAGACCACUCCAGUGUAAGAUGCAGAGCCGACUCAUUUAAGAAUAAUUCUCAAACCUGUUAAUAACAAAUAUAAUCGCAUGUCCACAAUGGGCUUUCACUUUCUGCACUAGCGUAAUGGAAUAGUUUAAUAUAGCUUAAACCAUAAUUUUCGUAAACAUAGCUUGACAAUGAUUUCAAUUUGACGUCAUCGCUCCAACUUUUAUUUUGAAACGUUUCAACCGGAAACCGUCAAGUAGCUGCUGCUAGUUUGAUUGUAGACAAAAAACUGCGAAAUCAAGGAGAGGGACAGCGCCCAGAAUAACUGUAAACCCCAGCUAACUGCGUGGAGCAUCGUGUUGGAAAUGGGACUAGGAACAUUACCCCCGGGCUGUCGGACGUUUAAACACAGGUAUGAGGUCGCUCCUUACACCGCCAAGGUCACAACAAGAAGCCUGUUAAAAAAUUUUCCCUACAUGAGUCCGUCCGAAGCGAAGUUGCUUUCCCGUGAUGUUGACGACAUUAUAUCCUCCAGCAGUCUGUGGCUGACUUAUGUGUUCCCCCAGCUGAGAUUUUCGGUGUUAUGAGAAGUGAGGACGGUUAUUUUCAAGGAGGAGGAGGGCGGUUGUGGUGCUGUUGUGGACCGGAGCGGACUUUUUUGUGGCCUGUGAUGGGCUCCGGGGUCUGCCUGGGGUUGGGAUAUGGAUGGUAUACAAAACAAGGCACGACACCGUUCGUUAAGUUUGCUGUUAGAGCUCCGUCAUUGUCGCCUCGACUUGAAGUGUCUCAACGAGUCCGACUUUGUUGUUGGAGCCUCUUUGUCCGGCUCAUCGGCCUGCUCCUUCUAGGUUAGGUUAAUCCAGUAAUCUGGAAUAGAGGUAGUUGCAUUUCGCUAUAACACCAUUACCUCUCAUCCUCCUCCUGCUGCUCCUUCCUCUUCCUCCGGCACACUCUGGGACCCACAAAGUACAGAUGGUCUAUUGGGGUGUUAGCCACAUAGCUAUUCAUGUCUCUUGUAAUUUCAGAAUUAUUAACAAAACCAAUGAAAAAUGUUACGUGCGAAACGGUUAACCGACUAAGCACUUCCAGUCAUGAUUAUGAUUCAUCCUUGAGGUUCUCUAACAUGACUUUAAGUUCCCUAAAUUUAUUACAGUUGUAUAACAUUCGGUAAAAUUGUUGUUUAGCAGUGGGUCACAUUGUAAAUAACUUCAAGAAAUCAUAUUUGGCUGUGAUGUGUAUGUGAUGUCCAGCUGAAAUUUCAUAACGCAGUUUAACAACUGAAACGACCUAUCAAUUAAUCGAUUAGUCCCCAAGCAUAAAGUUAACUACCGUCAGUUUCAGUUAUUUAGAUCAUUUAUCUAAUUAAAAAGCUCCAAUCAGUCAUAGUAGCUUACUCUAAUAUGGAGCCCAACAUAUUCUUCUUUCCCAUUUAUAUCUUUAUGGAUAUGUUUAUGUUUAUGAAAAUCUCUUGUGUAGGCUAAACAGUCAAUUAAUAUUGUAUAAAUAAAAGCUGGUAAUGAAAGUAAACCUUAGUAGCAGUGCAAUCUAUCUCGCAUAAUAAAUUAUUGAUAAAUGUGUUGUGAUGAAUAAGUGAGUCAGAUAUUUCUCAAGGCCUGAGCUAAUGUCUGAUGAAGACUACAAGUGCUUGUGCAUGCAGUGGGUGCAUGAAAGGCUUUUUUUUUUUUUUUUUUUUUUUUUUACACAAAACUCUAGUCUUGUGAGGUGAUUGGAAACAGUGUCCUCUUUGUUCGCUGUGCUCUGGUGGAGAGAAUUAAUCCAGCUAAUGACCUCUAAUGUAAGGAAAGCAGUAACAGCACAUCUGACAGGGAGAAAACAGGUUGACAUUCACUCGGAAUUAUCAAUGAUGUUUUUGAGUCUUCUGAGCGUUUGUGUAGGCUACAGGUAGAACUGUUUACAAGAUAUUGAGGGUCCGACCUUCUGUAUGCAUUUGUAUUUAGUUUAUGAUGAUUGUAAACUUUCAUAGCUGUGAUCACCUCAAGGAACGGUUCUGAAUCCAGCUUGUGUUCCUUUGCCAUGUUUGGCAAAAGUUGUCUGGUGGUUGAGUGUUUUAUCCUUAAAGACUCGCCGGUAUGGCACCUUUUUUUGUCCAAACUCUGACCAACUCCAGUUAAUCCUCCCAGUUCGUUGCUAAGAUUAGUGGUUUAUCUGGACCCCCGACCUGGUUUCCCCUUGCAAGCCCAAGUCCAUGCUGUGUGGUAAGAGCAUAUGGAGAAAGCAGGGUAUACAUUCUGAUGUCAUAAGUGUUAGUCCCAGUAAGUUUCUGACUAUACAAAAAACAUAAUCUUGUUUCUUUCAAUUCCAGCAACAAGUGUUUCAUGAGUCCCAAUCAGAGGAAUUUCUGUCCUGGUUCAGAUUUUAGUGACAGACAAUGGAGAGCAGAUGUCACCAGUUGCUCUGCUUCGUGCAGGGCUCAUUCACAUAUCCCAUGUGUUAAUAUGGGUUUGGCUCCUGCUUGACAGAUUUAGUGUGGUUUAAGUCUAUAAUCUCUUUUGUGGCUAGAUUAGCCAGGGCACGACCCGCUCUUCCUACAGUUUCCCUGUAUUCUGUCUAAUCUUUACAUUAAAUUUGAAGUGAAAAAGGAGUCAAUUUUUACACCCCUGCACAUGCUGGAAGAAUAGUUUUUAUUCUUGGGCCAAACUUGGAUGUAGAAUUUCCUGUGUAGAGUCAGCCAUGAGACUUCCUGUACUCUGGUGUUGGGUUUGGAGGGGGUGGAGAAGUAGGGAAGGAAGGGGAAGAGAAGCAAAAGCAGACUGUACUGAGUGUCAACCUCCGUUGCUUUUGCAUGCAUGUCGCUCUCUGUAUCAGACUUGAAACAAAGCAAAGUGACCAGACCAGGGAAGUGAAAGAGUGGAUUUUAUCUUCCGGCUCUCUGUCCCCAGAGUUUAUCCUUCAGUACCCUCUGCUCUUACAGAAAUCCUUUAUAAUCACAGAGCAAGAGCAAAAAUCCUAUCAGUUACAGUGAGGUAAGAGGUGGGCAGGGAAAUAUUUGUCUCUGAUGUCUCUCUUUUGUAUGAUUACAGGACAUGUCCUUUGGUUUGUUAGAACCGCAACACAACACUCAACUUGCCAAGCAUGCUACAGCAGUGAAACCUUGCUCCUACUUAGCAGGUGAGCUGAGCCCUGUAAGCCCGGCUCUCUGUCUGUUUCCUUACGCCAAAAGUAGCAUUCAUGGAAGCCUUAUCAGAAAUGAUCCCAUGCUCUGUAUCUCUCCCUGCCUCUCCCUCCCUCAGCCCCGUUUGAUCCAAGAAAAACGUGCCUUGUAAGGAAGCAGGAUGUUCACGGGCUCUACAAAACUGCCACCCACUAAAACCCCCCAGCCCGAGCGGCUGGAUGAAGUGUAUGCAGCCUUACGCAGAGGCUUACAGUGAGUAAACACAUCUCAGGGUCUGUUUGCAUUUAUGAUCGUGGAUGGCUGCCAGGUGACAUAUCAUUGAUGACGCAGGAAAAGACUGCCUUAAAGUCUUCAAAUGAAGGAAAUUUGUUUAAAUGAGUGUUUGUUUCUUCCUGUCAGGUCAUACCUGCAGGUCCACCAGCUGGAGCUGGACAGUCUGGGUCAGCAGAUCAGAGAAAACAAGAGGAAUGGUCGUUUGGUGAGAGCUUAUUUUAACAGAAACCAGUCACACCCACCUCAUCUGUUAGUCUGUUCUGGGCCAGUGUUGUCGUUUCCAGUUCUCAUACAGGUUGUUAAUUUGACACUUUGAUAUGCUAAAAUGUUUUCAUGUUGUUUCCUUUUCAGGGUUCUUUGUAUGAACAGGACAAGGUGAGUUUCAUUCACACCUGACAGAAGAUUUAACCAUUUUCUUUAAGUUUUUCAAGUUGAAUGAUUUGUUUAUUUUAAUUUGCAGCAAGUAAAAGCCAUAGAGAGGUUUAUGAGACGGUUGGAAUUCCACCUCAGCAAGGUUUGUAUGAAAAUGGACAAUCAGUAGUUGUUUACUCUCACAGAACGUGGUUUUAGAUGAAGCAGACAGCUGUUCAGGUUACUAAGUUAAAAAGUAUUGUUCAUCAGACUGUGGGUUGACUGUUGUAGACUGGUGGGAUUAUGGCAAUUUAAGGGGAAUUUUUACAGACAUUUUUUGUGGUGUUGAUGAAGGACAAAACGGAUAUGAGGAGAGACAGAGAGAUAAAAUAAUUCAGGGAUCAAUUUGAGUGCCAUAUCUGCUUCUUGUUUGUUGGAUGUGUAGAUAAGCUAAACUAAGCCUGCAUGAUAUGGUAGAAAUCUGGGAUUUGUGUUUGUAUAAUUCAGUAUUACAUUAAGGAUGAGAAACAUGAUGAAUAAAUAAAAAAACAAAGAUCCCUUAAGGUUUCAUUCAAAAAUUCAUUGCCAUUUUUUAAAACUUAAUUCUUUGUUCGCAACAUCCCCUCCUGUUUCUGGGAAAUCAUUUUAAAAUUAUUUAAAUUUUAUUUAUUUUUUCUCUAAAUUGGCACCAAUUAAUCUGAGGAUAGCCGCUAGCUAGCUUGAGCUUCAUCUGGCUGCAACAGAUUAACGUGAAUGCAUGGCUGUUUUAGUCAGGCUUCCCUAAAACCACCAUCAUGUUUGCAUGCUGAGGGAGAAAGCAUUGUCUGUGAUACCUUUCACUGUUGCAGCAUUCAGGGUAGAUGGGAAUUGAGUAGCUAAAUGAAACCCUCUUUGACUGUUAUUGUGUUUACUAUGUAAUACAAAAAUCUGACAAACAAAACUUCAAUAGGUAAAAAUUAUGAUGUGUUAUUAAAUUCUUUCAUUAGGUCACAGUCUGUUGUGUUAAAGGCUGUACUAUACUGUGUCUUCCAGGUCGAGGAGCUAUAUGAUGCUUAUUGUAUACAGCGCAGACUGCGGGAUGGAGCCAGCAAGAUGGUGGCAGCUUUCAAUUCUGCCACUGGCAGUAAGGAGGCCAGAGAGAGCCUGAGUGAAGCCAACAAGGGCUACAGAGAAUGUACAGAGGCAAGUGAUAGACCUGAAGGUCUGGCUGUUCGUUUGGUUGAUCUGUGUUAGACAUUAUUUUUGUAUUAAAAACAAGAUUUUAGACUUCAAAGUGCAUACAGUAUAUUGUAACAGCAUAAACAACCACUUUAACAUUACAUAAACCUUCAUACUAUCUCUUACUGCAGCACAUGUGCUCUAUUGAGAGUGAAAUAGAAAGCCAGAUGGGAGAAUUUCACGUCAAGAUGAAGGGUGAGUCAUUUUGUACACUCCUAUGACUCCUCAUUGGUUCCUUUCUGUGUCAGUCCGGUUCUCAUUUUUCUUGUUCCUCUUCAAUGUUUCAGGCCUGGCUGGCUUUGCCCGGCUGUGUGCAGGUGACCAGUAUGAGGUGCGAGACGCAUAUACAACUUUGUCAGCACAGAUAUUGAUAGUCUUUGUGUUUUCUGCCUUUCAUCAGCUAUUUUUGGCCCCAUUAGGUCUUAAUGCGAUAUGGGAGGCAACGCUGGAGGCUACGGGGGCGCGUGGAAGUCAGCAACAAGCAGAUAUGGGACAGUGAAGAAUACAUCUUCUUGCCUCUCGUCACAGAACUGCUGUCAAUCAAGGUAAUGAAAGCUUUUGAUCCUUCUGUUCAUAACUAACUCAGAUGAUUAAACCUGAAAAUACUGUGAAACUUUCUCCAACUCUUUGUGGCACCCAGUUUCAAACCAACUAGCUCUGGCUGAAAGUGUUAAUCUUUAAAAAAUAGGUCACAAGGCUAAAGAAUUUUCCAAGACGGCAGGAUAAUCAGAGCAAAUGUAACUCAAAGCAAAAUAUGAUUUGUCGUAGAGUAUAUUUUAGCUGUGCUUUGAUAAAUAUUUGUAGCUUUGCUGAAUAUUUAUGAGAACAGGACCCUGUAUGUAUGAGCAACAAGAAUAAAUCGCAGUUCCUCUGUUCAUAAAAGGAAGCAUGUUCGGUAACCUCAGCUGACCAGCACAGGCCCUAUUUUAGAAGGAAUAAUCAUGUUUGUUGCCAAGAGACGUAUUUUGUAUCCGGUUUGAAUGUUGUCAUGUAUGACACAUAAUGUUAAAUGAUUUAUAUGAUCAUAAAACUGUUGAAAUAUCAACUGAAAACAUGUGUAAGAAGAAAAUUGUGUAAAGGAAAACUGCAAACCUGAGACACAAGUUUAACAUUCAAUUCUACACCUUAGACAAACAGUCCCAUUCUUUUAAUGAAAAGAGACUUUUGGGGGGUUAUACAUACACAAAUCAAACUUGAUUAAAGCUCAAUCAGACUUUGGACAAAGACGACAUUUUAAAUGUUGUGUGAUGGGUCUUUCUAUAGUUCACAAUAAGAAAAAUGUAUUUCUUGGACAGUCUUAUUAUCCUUGAACUUAUUAUACAUAAUCCCUUAACCAUGCCUGCUUAAGCUUACAUUCUCUCUAUGUUAUAUUCUAAUAGUCUCAUGUCUCCGGGGUUUACUUGCUUUGGUUGUCAAGGUAACUGAGCUGAAGAGCCUGGCUAAUCACGUGGUGGUGGGCAGUGUGUCCUGUGAAAUGCUCGAUUUGUUCUGUCCACUACCCCAGACGCUUGCUGUGGAUAUAAAUGAUCUGGGGACGGUGAAGCUGAACUUGGAGGUGACCUGGAGGUACAUAAACACGCAGCUUACAGCAUCUUUGUAUUUUCACACAUUUAUAAUGUUAAUUCACUUGUGUUCUUGCCCUUUUUCUCACUUUAUCCUUUUGUUUUUAGUCCAUUCGAUAAAGAUGACCAGACAUCAUCCAGCAGUACGGUUUCCAAACGGCUGCUGUCCAAUCAGAGCCCUCCUGACACGCCCUCUAUGCGGGAGCAGGUGUUUUAUGUGAGUCACGUUAAAAUAGAAACCCUCUCAAAAAGUCCACCUGCUCUGUUCAGUCACAUGUUUGUAUUUGAAGGGUUUUUUAAAUCUUGAUUUAUUCCUCACAUAAACAUUCUGUUUGCUAUUUAAUUUACUCAUGGGUAUUAUUACUGUCACUUUACUGGCUUGUUCUAUUUCAGCUGCUCCCCAAGUGCUUGGUGUGUUGUGGUAGCAGUGAUGCGUGUGAGGAUAUUCACAGUGCGUUGUGUGUGAGGUCAUGUGGUCGUAGGAGUGGCGUGCUUAAUGCACAGAGAAUGAAUGAUAGCGGUAGCGGGGCGUGUGAUAGCAGCAUGUAUGAACGGAGUUGUGGUCCUUGUAGCUGUUUAAUAGUUGUUGAGUAGAACUCCAAUAUGUCCCUCCUCUUCCUCAUCACACGUGAAGAGCAUGCCUCGUGUCGUGCCCAGACACAGCCGGCCGCUGAUGGAGACUUUCCUCAACAUCAUGACGGAAAGGAUGGCAUCCUCACGUUUUGAGUUCAGCCACACGACACCCCGAUUCACCUCUUUGCAGUCGGUGUGUUGGGACGUAGAUGUAGCUGUAGUUUAGCAAGAAAUCAAAGAGUAGAAUAAAAAAAGAGAUUGAUUCAUCAAAGAUUAAUCCAAGAUUAAUCAAAGUCAAUCAAUAAUUGGAAGUAUGUUUUAAAAAUUCUCUAAAUUGAACAGGUUAUCUAUCCAUAUCCAUCAAACCAGGAUCAUAAGAGAAGAAGGCUGAUUCUGAAUAGAGGAGAAGCAUUAACAGGCUUUUUGACUUAAUGAGUAUACUGUGUUUUCAUAAAACUUCAAUUGUUGAUUUGAAAAUCACACAUUUUAGCUCCUCCUCUUGGGCCACAUAGUUCUGUAAAUAUAUCUGGAUAGUCAGUGGGUUUAGAUGAUCCUUUUUUUUCCCUAUAUUUUAGAACUGUGAAGUGUGUUUAUCAAAUCAAGAAAAUGACAGUAGUUGAUCUUCAGAUUUGAACAUCAUCAGAGUAACAGCUAAUCACAGAUCAGCUCUCAUAUUACUGUCUAUUUAAAGGCUUGAAGUCAACAUAUUCAGUUCAUAUUGUGAUUCAGCCAACACUCUGAUCUCUGUGAAAAGCUCCAUGAAUGAAUCACUGAAAUUAAGUCGUACAUCUUGACAUAAAGACUUGUUUUACUAAUCCAGUGGUUCUCAAACUUUAUAUCAUCCUGCUUCAUCUUUUUGUUUAAAUACAGAAUAAAGAGUUGAAAGAUCUUGAAGGUUAAGUGUAGAUACAGGAAUAUUUAGCAAUAAACAUUGGUCUGAUUCUGCAUCGAUACUGACCCAUGUUGUUUGUGAAGUUCCUGCUCCAUGUGGCUGAGAUUGACAUUUAAAGCAUCAAAUCACUCUAAACAUUUUCUCAGACCAAGAUGAGAUUGGUCAGUUUGUCUUUAGUUCCACUUCAUAUAUUUUGUACUUGGUUACCCACCUUCCAGCGCCCCUAUAACCCAGUUUGAGAACCACUAAAUAAAUAAUACAUCCCUUAAAUAUAUUGAGUUUACAUCCACGCUGACAUGUGCGUAAAUCUUGUAGCUGUGGUUUGAUUUUUGUGGACAUGACAGCCAUAAAUAUGAAUAACCUGUUGCUUCUCUGUGUCUUGUUUCCUGUCCAGUCUCUGCUGAGGCGACAGGGAGAAAUGGAGAACGGGACGGUCUGGUCCAACUCUUCUGAAUCCUCCGAUGACUCUUCCAGUCCCGCCCUGGCUCACCAUGCUCAGAGACUCGCUGCCUCCAACAUGCUGCCCACCACUCUAGCCUCCCAGCUGUCGCUAACGCCGCACAAGUCCAGUGCAUCGACGCCGUCCCUUUCCUCAAACCAGGAAGAGGAUGAGACAGAGAGCGGGGAGGUUUUCACUCAGACAGAGGCUGUGCCAAACGGCCACCUGCAGCCUCACACAGAGCAGCAGAGGAGUGCAGACUGUACUGUGACUAAAAGAGCGUCCGUCCAAUCAGCUGACGCCUCUGAUACCUUAGCAGAUCUGAGCUGCUUGGGCUCUAAGGUUUCCUCUGUUGCUCCUGUGACACGAGUGGAUACGACACAUGUGACUCAAUGUGGAGUUUCACAGGUGAGUGUUCCAGUGGUGGAAGUAAAGGAUGAUGCACCUGAGGAUUUGACAAAACCAGCUCAACAGACUGAAGCAGAGGAGCACAUCCCUAAAGCAGCGGGAGAGGGACAGCAGAUAGAAACAUCACAGGCACACUAUGAGCCACAUCCAGCUAACCAGGAGUCACAAAAACUGCAGGACGCUCCAGCGGUGAGAACCAUUAUUCAUAUAUUCUGAUUUCGUACAAUGGAAAAACAGUUAUAUUCAAAAACCUGCCUUCGUUUUCUUCCCAGGUUCCCUUCCCUAUUUCUUCCAGUUUCACUCAGGAGCUCGAGACUGCCCUUGAAAGUUUUGACUUUCUCAACUGUUCGGACCUUGAAGAUGAGGAGGAUGAGGAACAACAUCAAGAAGAUGAGGAGAAAAAGAAGGAGGAUGAUGAGGGGAAAGAUAAAGAAGACCAGCACAAAUUGAUGGAUGAGACAUUAAACCAACAGCCAGAGGUAGAAAAAGACGGCGAUGAUGAGGAAGAUGAAAAAAAACAACACAGCGUGGAGGACGAGACAGUAGAGGAAAAAAGAAAGGAAGACGAUGAAAGGAAAGAUGAAAAAAACCAAAACAAAAUAGAGCAAAAGACAGUGGAUGAAGAGGAAAAAGAGGAGGAGGAGGAGAAGGAGGGGCAAGAUGAGGACCAACAUAACAUAGAGGAAGAGACAGUAGAAGAAAAAGAACAAGAAGAAGACGAGGGGAAAAAUCAAGAGAACCUAAGUGAAAUAAAAGACAAGACAACGAAGGAGGAAGACAAAGAAGAGGAGGAUGGAAGACACGCAGAGACAUCAAACAAAACUGAGGAGGAGACGGUGCAGAAAACAGAUAAAGAAGAUGAUGAUGGGUGUGAUGAAGACAUCCGAGAGGAAACAGAGGACAAGAGAGCGGAGGAACAAAUAAAAGAGGAGGAGGAGGAUGAGCAGACAGAGCCCCAAAAUGACACUAAGGAGGAGAUUGUUGAGGAAGAAGAAAAGAAAGAAGAUGAAACAAACCAAAACCAAGUGGAAGAUGAAGCUGUGGGAAAAGAAGAUGAAGAGGAGGACGUUUACUCUGGAGGAAGGUCAGUGUUUUAGUUUUCAGGUUUGGCUUUUGUGUCAGACCUUUUUAUUGAUGAGUAAAUGUCUCCUCACAUUCAUAAACUUUCUUGUUUUAUUCCCUGCCCUGUGAAUAUUCUUGAUUCGGUGUUGACUGAAUAUUAAGCACUGGCAGACCUCAUGUCACUUAGACUUAGCAGUUUUAACACAUUCCAGUCAGAGCACACUGCAGUUACCCUGACAAAGCCCGUAUUAGCCUCUUUUGGGGUUUUCAGAAUUCGCAGUGAUUUGGCAACAAAUAAAAACAAGCCAGCAGAAUUUUACUGGGAUAAACAUUGAUUUCUUUCUUUUCCUGUGUUUCACAGUGUUGCAGGUUUUAAUAUUUCGUUUGGUUGAGUCACCAUCUAGUUUAGUGGUUUUACUUCUAGGUUGUAAUCUCUGUGACCGUCCAUUUUGUCUCUUCAGUUGCAGUGGAGAGGAGGGAGAGGAACUGGAGAUCCUCAUGGAAGCCCCAGAAGGAUUUAGAAACUCAGACGAAGACCAUUUCUCAGACUCACAGGUAAUCAGUUAAAGUGCAGAAUUGUAGUCAUGGAGUAUGUUUUCAAAUCAACUAAAAAGGAAAAAAAAAAAACAUUUUUAAAAAGGAGUCAAGCGUGGAGGAUGUACAAGAUUGGUUGCGUCGGAUAGAAAGAUCCGAGGCUGUGGAGGAGCAGAGCGAGGAAAAGGGAGAUGAACAGAAUGGUGAGAGCUGAAGACAAAGUCUGCCGUUGUUCAUGUGACUGCAGAGGUUUUUUAAUUUGCCCCUUUUUUUAAUCUUUCAGAGGAGGAGGCAUCACAUGAUCAGGAGGAGCGUCCCCAUACCCCCAGCCAUUUGGCCACUACUGUCUUUUAAUGACACAGUGGAACCAAAGCUAAACCGUUUCUCAUGCUCUGAUCCCCCUCUCACUCUGUGGGGCCGGAGGCCUCAAGGAUGGUCCACUAACUGCUCAGACAAACAGGCCCUCCUGUUACGGCAGAGUCUGUGCACAUAUUUGCCUUGUUCUGACCAAGAACGAUAAACCAUGAGGUUUCUUCACCUCAGCCAUGACUUAAAAGUCCCCUACCCCACCCACAAAGAAAGUCCCCUCUCUUUCAACACACACUCCAUCACAUUGCCUGGGUUUAAGUGGGACGCCAUUUGUUUACACUUGGAAAAACUGUUUCUGUCAUGUGAACAUUUAAUGUCCAGAGCAUUUCAGAAACAGCGAAAAGCGGCCUUGUUUUUUUUUUGUUUUAUCACGGUGUGUUUAAUACAUGAUCCAAUAAUUUGUAAAAGUUUGAUGAGUUCAAGUCGACUGACUUCUUCGAUCUGAAAAGAGGUUAAUAAUCACGGAGCUGCAUCUAAAAUGUUCAAAAAGUAACAGUAUUUGUGGAUAUAAAAAAACCAUGGAGGUUUUGAUUUUUCAGUGUUAAAUCCGUGUUCAGCGCGGAGCUCCUCUCUCGUAGUGGGAGAGGGAAAAGAGUUCAUGAGCAUGUGAUGUUUGUCUGAAGAUUUUUAUCAACAUGCUGUGGACUUGAAUUUGCAAAUCAGGGCUGCACUCUGAAAACCACAGUGUUUUUGGUGACAGUGGAUGAAAACAUUUAGAAAUCCAGACGUUACAUUCUAUCUUCAAAUCAACACAAGGAACACAAGUUACAUUAGGAAUGAAUGGACCACGUGAAGGGUUGGAGUCAUGCUCAUUUUGGUCUUGUUUUACAAUCAGUGUAAGCCUAUAUUUAAACCUGCAUGUGUCGCUGCCUCACACUGCCAGCAUGUCUGUAUAAAAGCUCAAAUGAUCAGUCUGUGUGUGUAAGCUCAGUCCCUGUGAGGAAGCCAUCCAGUCCUCAACUGUGUUUAAAAGCUACCUCACGGGGGCGCUAUAGUCCGUCAGUAUCAUGCUCUAUGUUGUUACUCAAAAGCCUCGUCAUUCGGAAAGUGCCUCAGAGAUGUAAGGUUUAAAAUGCCACGAAAGGAGAGAUAAGGCAAAAGGUAUCAGUGUUUAUUUUCUGAACUACUUUAAGAGUGUGCACAAUAAGAGAUAUUUACUGUUUCAUAUAAAGAAUUGUAUAUGUCUUGAAAUGUCAAAAUGUUUAUGUUCAGAAAUGUUUAAACUUUAUAAAGGUUUCUUUAAAACAAA